AUGUUUAUUCAAUUUAUUAAUAUUAAAAAAAAAUAUUUUUUUUCUUGAGAUGAAUAUAUUCCGUUUGUUAUUUAACAUGUUAUUUAUUAAACUUUUUUCUGAAUGCAAUAAAUAUUAUGUAAUAAUAUUUGCAUUAUUUGCAAUUUACUUGUUAAAUAUAAAGGGAACAAGUCGUUCUUAACAAUUUGUUUCACAAAUUCGCGAAAAUUAAAACCUACUCCCGUCUAUAGACUCGCGUCUAUAGAUCUCUCAUAAAACUUCAUGUUUCACGACAGUUUGUCGGAGUUGGUGCUUAAACUUUGUACAUUAGCAAAAAAUAUUCACUUUCAACGUGUAGAUUGAUUUAAAGUGUUUUUCAGUAAGGAAGUUGGAUAUGAUGAUAAAAAUCAAAGGGUAUACUUAUGCUUAUAGACGAGUCGUACUUUGUUUCCCUCUGGCGUAAACGGAGAAAUGGAAAAUUUUUAUGAAAGUUAAAAACAGCAAUAUUUCCUGGGAGGAUAAUAAUACAAAGAAAUUUUAUGAACAGAGAUUUAAUAAAUCUAAAUCUUGUUGUUUUUUUUCAUCAAAAUAAUAUUAUUCUUUUGUCUUUCUUAUGUAUUAUAUAUUUAUCAAUUUUAAUAUGCAUUGCCUCCCACGAGUACAAGAUAAAUAUCUCCAUAGCCUAUGCACACAUACAUAAUAACAUAAAAUAAAAAUUAGAAAGAAAAUAAUACAAAUAAAUUAAAUUCUAAAAUAUACGCGAGUGCUAAUCUAAUAAAUAGAUUUGAGAAACGUAACAAAAAAACAAUAAAUAAUCCCUGAGAAUGUUUUAAAUUAAAUAUGAUUAUUUAAAAUAUAUAAGUGGAAAAAGGAAAUGUUAGAAAAUAACGUAAAAUAAUAAUGUUACUUCUAAAUCAACGUAAAGCUGUGAUAUUUUAUCUAAAACUUGAAUUUUUGUUAGAUUUGAGUUACGCGUUUGCUCUGAGCCGUCAAUGUUUGCGGCUCUUAGGUGUAUGGCCCGAUCCACGUAUUCCUUUAAGCAACCUUCGUCGGCCAAACAUAACGUUCAUAACCGUUAUGUUUAUCCUGAGUUUUUACAUAGUAAUACCGCAGUUCAUACAUGUGAUUCGUGUUUGGAGUAAUGUAGCUCUUAUGGUGGAAGAUAUAGCCGCCGCCAAUUUUAGUUUGAUGGCUUUGAGCAAGUUAUUCGUUACUUGGUAUCACAGCGAAACACUUCGAACAUUAAUGAUGUCAGUCAUGACCGAUUGGAUAAAUUCGACAAACAAGUGUGAACGAAGUACGAUGCUGAGGUUCGCGAGACGUGGCAGAAAUUUAUCUUUUGGAUGUUACGCUCUCGCGACGAUCACACUCGUCUUUUACAUAUGUUUUAAUCUUCUAAAACUUUAUCAAAAUAAUCAUCAGCCUCAACGCAGCCUCAUCUAUCAUUUCGUUUAUCCUUACAACGCCCAGAAGAGUCCGAAUUAUGAAAUUACAUUUGUCAUCCAACUUUUCGGCGGAAUAUACGCGGCACUAAUCAACGCUACCGUCGACAGCUUCAUCUCGAUGCUCUUACUGCAUGAAUGCGCGCAACUAUUAAAUCUACGAAUGGCACUCAACGAUUUGAUCGAUGAAUUAGCCAAUAAAUCUAUAUCCUACACGAAAUUUAAAGAAGGCUUAGCCGCGAUCGCUAUACGACAUAAACAUCUUAUCAGGACUGUAAAGACAAUCAACAACUGUUACAGCGCAGUGCUAUUUGUAUACAUGUUAACAACUACUUUUCAACUAUGUUUUCAAACUUUUCGAACUUAUACGAUAAUAACAGACAAAUUAAAUGUGUCUGUUUUCAAAGUGGCUUUUCUCUCGCUUUAUGUUGUUUCUCUGUUGACGAAUUUGUACAUGUAUUGCUACGCGGCUGAAAAAGUCUUAACAGAGAGCACCAGUGUGGCGUAUAGCGUGUAUGAAAGCAAGUGGUAUAAUAUACCGGCUAAAGAUGCGAAGAACUUAAUGAUUAUUGCAUAUGGAUCUAUAAUACCGCUUAACUUAACAGCUGGAAAAUUCGGAAAUUUUUCGAUGGAGUUGCUCGGAUCAAAUCAUCGUCAAUGCGCCGAUUAUAGAAAUACAAAAUGUUCCAGUAUAACUGGAAUCUAG